UGAGUUCCCGGAAGGUUCUGGGGCUGGACCGUCGGUGUCCAAUCCAGGAAAGCGGAGGCGGCAGGGGCGAGUGGGAGAUGCAACGGAAGGGUCGACUGCGUCUGGCAGCACUUCUGCUGAACGUAUGAGACGGUUGCGGGAGAGGAGGAGGACUGGACAGACAACGUUCGGUCGGAGCGAGCAAGGAGGUGCUACCGCGGAUGUUACUUUCGUUGCUGGAGGUGUGCGACGGGGUGGUAGACGAGGAAUCGCGGACAUUUCGGUUCCAAAUUUGGCAUCGGAGAAUCCCGAACAGGGGAUUUAUCCGCCCAUGGAGGCAGACACAAUAAGCCUCCAUGAUCCGGUGGUGCAGAUUGAUGAAGAAGAAAUGCCAUCAAAUUCUGCACCAAGUCAGUCGGAUAGCAUUUCAGAUGGGGCAAGCCAGGGUAGGUCUUUAAAUUUAUGCGAAGUUUUCGAGGUUUGGGUCAACUCUAUCGUGUUUCACAGAGCCAGGUCCUCGCAAUGCAAGCAGACCGAACUACGACAGGGCCACUCUUGAGUUCCGUAAGCUUUUCGUUGAGAACUCGUUUGGUGCUGUGUGCAGCGUUUGCGACAGACUUUGGUUCAAGAACGACCUGAAGCCCAUCACUGAAGCUGGGGGAAAUGUACUGGUACAAGCCGGCGACUUUGAUUCAACCGAAGGUUUCAUGGUGUGCCAAACCUGCAACAGCAGCUUGAAUCGUGGAAAGGUCCCAACCCUGUCCAAAAGCAACGGAUUUGUUUACCCGCCGA